CACAGUUGAAGACUGCACUAGGAUCAUGGGACUAUGAUUCUCUUAGUCUUAGCAUCUUGCGACUACAUAUCCACCAAACUUAGUUAUAAAUUUCAGGAGACGGGGAAAUAUGAAAGGUUUGAUCCUGCAAAAGAAUUCGACAGAAUCCAAGAUGGCUGCAUUACCGAGCUACGGUUUGGCGAAUGAUGCAAUUGACCCGAACUUCAACUUCAGAAGAGCCCUGAAGGACAUUGACGAUGACCUUACAUCAUCCGACAUUGCCUCCUUAAAGUUCCUAUGCAGAGAUUUUAUCCCUGCCUUCAAGCUUGAGAACGCCAAAGGAUCCCUGGAUGUGUUCAGACAACUUGAGAAUAAGGGGCUGCUUGGCUCCAACAACUUGAUGUUCUUAACCGAGCUGCUGUACAGGAUACAGAGAGCAGAUCUUCUAAGGAAGCUGGCCUGGCACCCAGACCAGGUGUCACGGGAGAUAGAACGUGGCAGGGCACAGUUGAAUCCAUUCAGAGUGAUGUUGUUGGAAGUGUCAGAGGAACUGACCAGUCGUGACUUUGAUGACAUGAAGUUUAUGGCUGCAGCCUACAUCUCAAGAAACAAGCUGGAAUCGGUAGAUAAUUUCCUGUCCCUGGCCAUCGCCCUGGAACAAGGCAUGAAACUGACCAGUGACAACGUCCAUGUGUUACAUGAACUCCUACAGACACAGGAGAGACCAGACCUCAAGGACAUCAUCCAGAACUAUGAGGCCAGCAUAUCAUCCAGGGGUAGGAAUUCGAAGGGCUCCCCUGAUGAUGGCUUUCCCCCACCACCGAUGGACAAGACACCCCAGCAUGGACCACCGGUUCCAGAACCAUUUCAGCCACCACAGCUGAGGCCAGACAACCAGGAAGCUAACCUAGUAGCCAUGACACAAAACAUGAUGGGGCCUGCACAACAAGGAUACCAACAGAUGAUGCAGCAGGCUGGCAGAGUGCCUGGCAGUCAGGUCCAGCAGACAGCCAGAGUGGCAGGGCAGCAGCCACCAGAACAACCACAAGAACCGCCUGCUGGGCUGGGCCCUGCACCGGCUGAUCUCCAGGCUACCAUACAGCGAGAACUGGAACUGAGGCUACAAGAGGAGAGAGCACGUCAGCGGGAAGAGAUGCCGUGUUACAGGAUGGACCGCAACCCUCGCGGUCUGGCUGUCAUCGUCAACAACCUACAGUUCUUUCACGACCCCCGUCUGCCGAACAGCCGACAGAGGCUGGAAAAUCGGGAGGGAACAAAUGUGGACAGAGAUAAUUUGAUCUUCAUCUUCAACAAACUGGGGUUUGAGGUUGAGACGCGAGAGAACAUCACACACAAUCAACUCAUUGACCUCUUCAACCAAGUACGGUACGCAGACCACUCCAACUUCGACUGCUUCGCUGCGUGCAUCCUGUCACACGGCAGUCAGGGCCAGGUGUACGGCUCUGACAGUGUUCCAGUCAGUAUCCGUGACUUGGCCGAAGAAAUCAAGUCUACCAAGUGUCCAUCCCUCGGUGGAAAACCAAAACUGUUCUUCAUCCAGGCUUGUCAGGGAAGGGACGAACAGCCUGGCAUUAGCGACAUCAGGGUUGAUGCUGGUCAAGCCCCAGGUCUUGAAGGGUUCCAAGAAACCAUCCCUAAUGAAGCCGACUUUCUGCUGAGUUACUCCACAAUUCCAGGUUACGUUUCCUACCGUAGUAAAACCCAGGGCUCGUGGUUCAUCACCAAACUUGUAGAAACGCUUGACAACAUGGGGGACAGGCACGACCUUCUGAGUAUCCUCAUCAAGGUCAAUGAAGAAGUGGGGAAGGCCAUCGCUAGGAAAGGGGGAGGGGAGUUUAAGCAAAGCCCGGCACCGGUAGCCACUUUGAGGAAAAAGAUUUUCUUUUCUUUCCUCCGUGACACCAGAAAACCACAGGUUGUUCCACGUGCCUCAACGGUAAAUACUGCUGUGUAAGUGAAAACUGGCUUAAAGCCAUACCAAUUUAAUUUGUUGGUUCUCAGACUUUUUCAGAAAAAAAAUGAAGCAGCAGGGUGAAAAAAAAUUGAAACAGG